AUGGCGGCAGAAAGUGGCAGAGUUGUCACAGAGGAGCAGGAGGAGCUCCCAGCCUCUGGAGCCGUCAUUCAUGUGCAAUACAUGCACAACCGGAGUCAGAGCCACAUCCAGUUUCAGCCUCUGACCUACACCACCCAGUGGCAGGCUCCUCGCGCUGUUGCUCACACAAGGAGUCACAGUCACACUCACUUCAACACUGCCUCACACACACAGUCUCAGAAGUACGGCUGUCGCCUCACACACAGUCUCUCAGCCAUGACCAAGGGAGAGAAGGGAGUGCAGGGCUCUGUGGGGAAGCUCAUCAAGCCCACUGAACCGCUGUUCCCCAAAACUCCUCAGCAGACCGACUUGAGCCAGAAGUUGUCAUUAUGCAGUAAACUGUGUUUCGCCAUCGGAGGCGCACCCAAGGAGGUGGCUGCCAGUGCUACAGCCUUCUUCCUGCAAAUCUACCUGCUUGAUGUCGCUCAGAUCACUGCCUUCCAGGCCUCCAUGGUGCUGUUCAUUGGUAAAGCCUGGGGCGCAGUGACCGACCCUGUUGUUGGUUUCUUCAUUACAAAGAGCAAAUGGACCAAGAUUGGCAGACUCAUGCCUUGGAUGGUGGGUUGCACUCCGUUUCUGGUGGUCUCCUACUUCUACCUCUGGUUUGUUCCUCCUUUAACCAGCGGCAGGUUCAUCUGGUACCUAGGUUUCUACUGCCUCUACCAAACCCUCAUCACUUGCUUCCAUGUGCCUUAUUCUGCUCUCACCAUGUUCCUGAGUACCGACCAGAAGGAAAGAGACUCAGCCACUGCCUACAGAAUGACAAUGGAGGUUCUGGGGACACUUGUGGGAGCUGCCAUCCAGGGCCAGAUUGUGGCCAGCGCUCACACUCUGAAGCACUGCCCAACUCACAACAUGUCUACUGGUUACCUUGGCAAUAGCAGCGGGGCAGAGAUCGUCAAGAGCCUGGUGCACUCGCAGGACUACCUGUCACAUGCUAAGGAGGUGUACAUGAUCGCUGCUGGGGUUAUUGGAGGAGUGUUUCUUAUCUGCACAGUGGUGAUGUUCCUGGGAGUCAAAGAGAGAGAUGAUCCGUAUGCCCCAAGGACAGAGAAGCAGAUCCCGUUCUAUAAGGGCUUCAUCAUGGUGAUGAGACAUGGGCCAUACCUCACUCUAACUGCUGCAUUCCUCUUCAUCACUGUCGCUAUUCAGCUGGUACAGAGCAACUUUGUCCUCUUCUGCACUUAUGCUGCCGACCUGAGGGAUCACUUCCAGAAUAUUGUGCUGACCAUUCUGGUUUCUGCAGUGAUAAGCAUUCCACUGUGGCAAUGGUUUCUGCAGAGGUUUGGGAAAAAGAUGGCAGCUUUUUGUGGUAUCACAUGGAUCAUGCCCUUCACCUUGAUGCUGGUGUUCAUCCCUAAUGUGGUAGUGGCCUAUGUUGUGGCUGUUUCGUCUGGACUCAGUGUGGCUGCCUCCCUCCUGCUGCCAUGGUCUAUGCUGCCAGAUGUGGUGGAUGACUUCAGACUGGCCAACCCCUACUCUAAAGGCCAUGAAGCCAUCUUCUACUCCUUCUACGUCUUCUUCACCAAGUUUGCUGCUGGCAUCUCCCUGGGAGUAUCCACCCUCUGUUUGGAGUUUGCAGGGUAUGACACCGGCGCCUGCAAGCAACCUGCUCCUGUAGUGUACACCCUGAAGCUGCUGAUUGGUGCUGCUCCAGUGGCCUUCAUUGUUACAGGGUUAAUGAUCCUACUCCUCUAUCCCAUCAGCGAAGAUGUACGGCUCAGGAAUAAACUCUGCCUGGAGGAGCUACGGAAACAAAGCAUCAGCUCCAGAACUAUGGAAGAUUUGAAUGACGUGUGA